UGAUUUCUCUCAAACCCCGCCCGCCAUGGGAAGCAAGAAGAGGGCGAAGCCGAGCAGGGGCAAGAAGAAGGCAAGGACCUGCACCGACCAGGCCCUGGCCCUCGAUUACGUCCGCGCCUGGGCGCACCCUGCGCCGCCCCCUCCGGAGCCCUCGACGGCCGAUGCCGGGGACGGCUUCCUGCCGCCCCAGGCCGCGCGCAUGGCCUGUGGCAGCGGGGGCAACGUGCUGUUUGAGCUUCACUGCCACUCCAACCACAGCGACGGGUUCAUGUCCCCCUCGGCGCUCGUCGAGCGCGCCCAUCGCAACGGGGUGAAGGUUCUCGCCCUGACAGAUCAUGAUACAAUGGCUGGUAUACCAGAAGCUAUGUCAGCAGCUCAUAAGUUUGGCAUGAGGAUAAUUCCUGGUGUAGAAAUCAGUGCGCUACAUUCUCCACGGGGAAUUCCUGGUGUUGGUGAUCCUGUUCAUAUUCUUGCAUACUAUGGUAUGUGUGGCCCAUCAAGGUUCGAUGAGCUGGACAGCAUGCUCUUGAACAUUAGAGAUGGGCGAUACCUACGAGCAAAGAAUAUGCUGUCAAAGCUAAAUACGAUGAAAGUGCCAAUAAAGUGGGAGCAUGUAACGAAAAUUGCUGGUGAGGGAGUGGCACCUGGUCGACUCCAUAUUGCAAGGGCUUUGGUUGAAGCAGGCUAUGUAGAUAAUGUCAGGGAAGCAUUUAACAAGUAUCUUGGUAAUGAUGGCCCUGCAUAUGCCACAGGCAGUGAGCCAUUUAUUGAGACUGUGGUGCAGAUGAUUAGUCGUACUGGGGGUAUAUCAGCAUUAGCCCACCCAUGGUCAUUGAAACAUCCAAUUGCAGUCAUUAGGUCCUUGAAAAGUGCUGGUCUUGAUGCUAUGGAGGUUUACAGAAGUGAUGGAAAGUUUGAUGCAUUUAGUGAAUUAGCUGAGCAGUAUGGACUUCUGAAGCUUGGAGGUUCAGAUUUUCAUGGAAAAGGCACGAAAGAUGAGUCUGAUGUUGGAGCAGUUAAGCUUGCUAUUACAACUUUGUCCUCCUUCUUGAAGAUGGCUCGGCCUAUCUGGUGUAGUGCAAUGAAAGACAUCUUACUGAAGUUUGUUGAGGAACCAUCUACUGCCAAUCUAGGGAAGAUAAUUAAGUUUGGACAACUUGCCAAUUUUGAUGGCUUUGUACCAAUUGAUAGUGGUAUGGAUGUUGUUAAUCUCUGCUUAUCUUCAUGGUUAAGUCAUGAUGAGAUGGAAGCUGUCGACCUUGAGGAGGUAAGAUCAAAGCUUGCCUGCUAUGUAGCGAAAGCAUAACAUCGACCAUAUGACCAUCUCCAACAAUGUAUCUUUCCCUGUCCAGAAUGUGUUGCACAACACAGUACCCAUGUUUUGCUCUGUUAUUUUUACAGCUCAUCGGAGCUAAUUUUUAUUUGUUUGUUAGCUCAUGAUGUUGCUGAAAGUAGAGAAGAUAUUGAAUGGAUCAUUGACAUUUUAACAAAGAAUUCCUUUUA